AUGGGGGCUCCGCGCUGGGCGCGGCUCUGCCUCCUGCUCCUGGCGGCGGUGACGCUCUGGGUGCUCCUGUGUGGGCACGACCGAGACGCGCAGGCUUCCUCGAAGCCCAGCCUGCUGCAGCAAGAGUCACCGCCAUUGGUGCCUGGAGGGAUGUCCCGAAAUGCCGGGAGCCAUGGCCUGAGCAGAGAAAGCAGCAUGGACAGAGGGAAGCCAUCUUCUGAGCCUGGCAAGGCUAAAUCCACCAAGGAACAGGCCAGCUCGUGCCCCCAGUCACUGACGUCAAUAGUGAAGGCGGACCCCAGGUUCGGGAAGCUCUUUAGAUUCCACAUCCCAGUGCUGAUGUGGGCACGGCACUUCACCCAGGAGACCCGGGACAGACUGAAGGAGCGCAGCGUCCCGUAUGGCUGGCAGGGCUUGUCCGACACAGCCAUUGCCUCCACCUUGCAUCUGCUCAAUGACUCUGCCAACAGCUGGCUGUUCGACAAAGCCAGGUUCCCUGAAGGCUGCGUCCGCUGCGCCGUGGUCGGGAACGGAGGGAUUCUCAAUGGAUCCCGGCAAGGCAAGGAGAUAGAUGCCCAUGACUUUGUUUUCAGGCUAAAUGGGGCUGUGAUCAAAGGCUUUGAAGACGACGUCGGGACCAAGACGUCGUUCUAUGGUUUCACGGUGAACACAAUGAAGAAUUCCCUGAUCGCCUACAGAGAGUAUGGUUUCACCCAGAUACCCCAGUCCAAGGACCUGCGGUAUAUUUUCAUCCCCUCGGACAUACGCGAUUACGUCAUGCUGAAGUCAGCCAUACUGGGCAGCCAUGUCCAAGAGGGUUAUGACAAAGGCGAUGACCCACGGACGUAUUUUGGACCAGAGGCAUCUGCAAAAAAGUUCAAGCUGCUGCACUCAGAUUUCAUACACUAUCUAACCCUGAGAUUUCUGAGAUCUGAAAUAAUAAAUACUCAAUAUGGGUAUCUCUACAUGCCCAGUACUGGUGCCCUCAUGCUACUGACAGCCCUCCAUACCUGUGACCAGGUCAGUGCCUAUGGAUUUAUCACGGACAAUUACCGAAAGUUUUCAGACCACUACUAUGAGCGAAAGAAGAAGCCUCUGGUGUUCUAUGCCAACCAUGACAUGCUGCUGGAGGCGGAGCUGUGGAAGAGUCUGCACAGGGCAGGCAUCAUGAAGCUGUAUCAGCGGUGA